AUGGUGACAACGUUUUCUCUUUUCUUUUUCUUUUUUAAACGUUUGUCCUUUCAAUCUGUUAAUAUCUAUCUAUCUAUCUAUCUAUCUAUCUAUCUAUCUAUUUAUGUUCAUAUCUAUCUAUCUAUUUAUGUUCAUAUCUAUCUAUCUCUUGGUCUGUUAAUAUCUAUCUAUCUAUCUAUCUAUCUAUAUAUCUAUUCUGUUAAUAUCUAUCUAUCUAUCUAUCUAUCUUUUGUUAUGUUAAUAUCUAUCUAUCUAUCUAUCUAUCUAUCUAUCUAUCUGUCUAUGUCUUCGUCUGUUAAUAUCUAUCUAUCUAUCUAUCUAUCUAUCUCUUCUCUGCUAAUAUCUAUCUAUCUAUUUAUGUUCAUAUCUAUCUAUCUAUGUAUCUAUCUAUCUCUUGGUCUGUUAAUAUCUAUCUAUCUAUUUAUCUAUCUAUCUAUGUCUUCGUCUGUUAAUAUCUAUCUAUCUUCUCUUCGUCUUCUGGUAAUAUCUAUCUAUCUAUUUAUGUUCAUAUCUAUCUAUCUAUCUAUCUAUCUAUCUAUCUAUCUAUCUUUUGUUCUGUUAAUAUCUAUCUAUCUAUCUAUCUAUCUAUCUAUCUAUCUAUCUAUUUAUCUAUGUGCAUAA